GACUGAGUUUAACUUUCUGGAUUUUCGGUCGGACUUUGGAAGGGUUGGGAUUUGAUCGCGCAGCAAGAAAGUUUUAUCUGCAUAUUGAAGUCCUGUAAUGCUGUUCCUUGCCGACAGCUCCGAGGGAGGGGAGAAGGAGGGAGCGUUUGGGUGUCUAGGAACCGGCGGCACUUUGGAAUUGGAAAAGAAACACCCGUGGGUGCUGCUCUCUUUGCUAAUGAAAUAGACUGUAUUAGCUGUAGUCUUUGCGCCUUGACAGAGCAGAGCGGUGCUUUUGUGCAGGUCAGCGAGCGCCUGUGGUCCAUCGCAGCUGCUCCUGGAUGCUGAAAACGUGCAUGUGUGUAUCUUGGCUCGAGUUUCUAAGUGUUAAAAGUUAAUACAUACAAAGACUAAUAGGAGAAUGGGAGGCCUCCUUGCUGUCUAGGUUGUCGAGGGGAUACAAGACUGUCACUAAAGAGUGUCCAAGUGGCUACGUUUAAACAACUGAUUGUACAGGUAGUUGUUACCCGGGUAAAGGAAUAGCAGAGGUUCCCUUUUAGGCAAUCAUUGGGUGUGUGAUGAUAAUUCGAGAAAUCACAGAUCAUAGGAAAGGCUUCUAGACACAUAUGUACAAAGUGGCACGGAAAACUCACUGCCCCUCGAGACAGGCUGUAAUUACACUUUGUACAAAGUCUGUGAAUUCAGGACGGACUUUAUGAGGAGCUAAAUCGCUUGAAAACGUUGCAGGCUGCCUUAGGUGCCAUCUCAGAUCCCAAAUGAGCAACACGUAGAGGUUCACGCCCUUGGCCAGACAGUGCCAAGGUGGUUCUAAGCUUUCCCUUGAAAACAAAGCGCAGGCGACUGAACAGUCUUACUAACGCCUAGUUAGCCCAUAAGCUUGUAUCACCGCUCCCAGAUAUUUGCUGGCGAGGCAUUGACCUCUCCAAAGCAGGGAGGGAAUGAGCUUCUCUCCAGUGAAGCUGUACCUAACCGCAGCCAGAUCGCGUCCCUGAAGACGUCCAUCAAAGCCGUAGCCCUAGAAGAGUUUCCCUGUUUUACCUGCUGUGGCCUGUUCACCACGUAUCACGAUGUUUCCUUCUUGUUUAAUGUUUCCAUAAUAAAACUUGCCUGAACAUUUCCUCCAGUGUCUCGGAGACGGAGAAAAACCAACCAGUUUGUAACCCUGCAGGGCAUGCUUCAUUAAGCUUUGGCCUCAAAGAUGUGUUUGCGUCUGUACUUUUUUAUGUUGGGAACCUGCUGCAUUUCCUGUUGAUUUUGAGGUUUUGUUUUCUUUAGCUUUGGAAACAGCUCGGGUUGGGUAUUUGGCUCAAGUGCUGUUAACUAUUUUUUACGGGAAAGGGGCUUGGCAAGACAACUUGGGUUAUUACAUACAAAAUGCUUGCAUUUUCCAAAUGCUUAAGGAUAUAGCCCACAGCAUUAAUCGUCUUUACUUGGAUUUGAACAGGGUUAUCUUGCUCAUGUGCAAGAGCCACAAAGAGUUUAAAUCAUUGCAGGACUUACUGCAUGUUUGUGCUCUGGCACUAGGAAUUCAUGCUGAAAUUUAACUUCGCUGAGUUUCUCAUCAACAAAGAACCAUUCUUUGUAGAGUGUAAGUGACAAAACAGCAACUCUUUGUGACAAGCAUCUAGGAACCUGUGGUUACCAAUCAAUUGGUACAAUAGAGCAGAGCAAGGCUGCAAUAGCGUGCAGAUCAGACGUCUCUCCUUGUUUCUAGAUAACCAGGAGCCUCCGUACCAUGUCAUACCCUCAGUUUGGAUACCCUUACUCUUCUGCACCCCAGUUCCUGAUGUCCACCAAUUCCCUGACAACUUGCUGUGAGUGCAGUGGCAGGACUCUGACAGAUUCAGGCGCUGCAGCCUCGACUCAGACCCCAGUCUAUUGUCCUGUAUACGAAAGCAGGCUAUUAGCCACAGCCAGACAUGAGCUGAAUUCUGCAGCUGCCUUAGGAGUCUAUGGAAAUCCUUACACCAGUACCCAGGGCUAUGGAAACUACGUUACCUAUGGUACCGAAGCUUCUGCCUUCUAUUCUUUGAACAGUUUCGACGCGAAGGAUGGGGCUGGAUCUGCGCAUGCGGGCAUUACCCAGGCGGCUGCCUACUAUCCGUACGAUCACACACUCAGUCAGUAUCAAUAUGACAGAUAUGGCACCAUGGAUGGAGGCACCCGAAGAAAAAACGCUACUCGUGAAACCACCAGCACCCUGAAGGCCUGGCUGCAGGAGCACCGGAAGAACCCCUACCCCACCAAGGGCGAGAAGAUCAUGCUGGCCAUCAUCACCAAGAUGACCCUCACCCAGGUCUCCACCUGGUUCGCCAACGCCAGGAGGAGGCUCAAGAAGGAGAACAAGAUGACCUGGCCUCCGAGGAACAAGUGCUCGGAUGAAAAGAGACCCUACGAAGAGGAAGAGGAGGAAGAGUCGCAGGAAGACAAUAUGAAGACCGAGAAAAACGAUGAGGCCACCGGCAAAGCAGAAAAAGAGCUGGAACUGAGUGAUCUGGAUGACUUUGACCCCAUUGAGUCGGAGAGCUCCGAAUGCGAAUUGAAACAGCCCUUCCAGCACCUGGAGAGCACCCAGAUAAGGACAGCCGAGACCUGUGCCACUGAUCAUUGCAAGGAGCCUUCUUUAAAGAUGCCCAUCGCGGCGGCCACCAUUGAGGAAGACCUGGAGAGGGCUAAAAACUGUCUCAAGAACGUGGUGGACGAAUGUGAGCAAGACUUGAUCAGUGUAAGGCAGAGAAGCUGUGAGUCCAAAAUGUGUUUUCAGCAGGGGCAGCAAAUAUUGGAGACAAAGCCUAGGAUUUGGUCCCUGGCUCACACUGCCACUUCUCUAAACCAGACUGAGUACCCUUCCUGCAUGCUGAAACGCCAAGGGGUCUCCUCCUCCGCUGCAGUGUCGGCUCCUGUUAGUGUCAUUGACAGACAUCAGGAUUCCCCAGUCACCAAUCUCAGGAACUGGGUGGACGGGGUGUUUCACGACCCCAUAUUCCGACACAGUACUUUGAACCAAGCUUUGAGCAACACAACAGUUUCCUGGGCUACCACCAAAGGCGCCAUUCUGGAAACGGGAUCCUUGGGGCGCUCAAUUGGGAACGGUACUAAUGUGCUCAAAGGCCAACUGUCAAAUUUAACCCACCAGGACUCAAAUAAAGAAUUUCUUGCAUUUCCUAAAGCAGGAAGCAAAAUGUUUUGUUCCUAA